GGGUAAAAAAAAAUUAAGGAAUUGAAGCAUGAGAUAGGUGAGGAGAUAAUUAUAGAACAGCUAGACACUUUAAAUGAAUCUAAGCUUUUAGACUUAUAUUAAUUAUAUCUUGUUAUACUGAAAAGUUAACAGAUGGCAUUGGUACCCACUAUCACUGAGUGUCUUUUGACAAAUAGGAGAGGUACCAAAAUAUUAGUGAUCAGCAAUGACCAAUUUGCAAAGGAAUGAAAACGUGAUUUCUACAAAGCAGACUGUUGCAUUUGAUGUCAGUCAUCAAGCCCCCACUAGGAUAAAUUAUUAAUCAGAUAAUUAGUGAGCACUUAAAAGAAAGAAGUGGUGAUUAGCAUGACUUUAGUAAGAAGUCAUGUCAGUCAAUCCCAUCUCUCUUCUUUUUUUUUUUCCUUAAAAAAGAAUGUGCCAGUUUUAUUUAUACCUUGGUUCAAUUCCAGGAGCAACUUAGGUGACUUACAUAAAUAUACUACAAGAUGAAUUAUAACAAAAGGAAUAGAAAACGGCAUACAUUUAUUGGGUUUAUAUUCUGGGUCCUUUACAAAGCAAUUUACAUGUUAUUUCAUUUUAUUCUGAGCACAUGCCAAAACAGCCAUCCCCCCAGUUUUUAUAAGAUGUGUGAGAAGUCCCCAGUACCUGUUCCUGAAGCACCCGGGACAGGUAUUUUACAUGAAAGAGUCAUUUGGGGCAGACAUGAAAAUAUGUUAGAGCAGUGGUUCCCAAACAUUUUGGUAUUAGAACCCCUUUUAUUUUACACUCUUAAAAAUUAUUGAGUACCAUAAAGAGCUUUUGUUUAUGUGGGUUAUAUCUGUUGAUACUCACUAUAUUAGAAAUUAAAACCUCAGAAAAUUUUGGACCAGGAAUACAUAAGCACAUAUUGCAGUAGCUGUCAGAGGGAUGACAUCAUCAUCACUUUGUCUAGUUUCUGGAAAAUUCCUCUGGAUUCUCAUGAGAGUAUAAAGGGAAAAUAACUUUUUAGUGUUAUUAUGAAAAUGGUUUGACUUUGCUGGGCCCCUGAAAGACUCCCUGAAAGACUCUCCCCUCUGGGGCCCCCAGACCACAUUUUGAGAAUCACUGUUCUUAGAGGAAGGAUUCAGCUAACCCAGAGAGAACAGGCUGGGGUAUCUUGCAUCUACACAUAACAAAUUGGAGCCGAAGCAGCAUUCCAAAGUUUACUGGUUGGUGGACUUGCCAGUCUUACACCUCAGUUUAAACAAAGGCAGAGAGGUGCCAAAUGGUAAUUGUAAGCCAUCUAUACAGAGUAGCAUUUAUGUCAUCAGUGAAAAAGAUAUUUCUAACAUUCCUUAAGCUCAUUAGUACAAUCACUCACAGAUCAAAGUAGCUUAAAAGCAAAGCCCUUGUAGUAGAUGCCUCUGGAAGGUAGACUCCCGCUUAGGGUCUUGCCAGUCAGCCACUCCAAGGGCCUGUGGGCACCAGCACAGAGGGGUGUUUCCAAUUAGAAAUGUGUGUCACACUGUCUGUGCUUAAGUAUUUUAAGUAAAACAGUGGGAGAGCUAAUAAGAUGCACGUCAGAAGCACAUUAUGUGAAUCAAGAUUUUUUUUUUUUUUUAAAGAAUGAGAUUUAACAAAUCAGGAUGAAGUUCUCUGCAUAUUUUUAAUGAACCAGGUAAAUGUGGAGCUGGAGAAAAUCAUCCGACUACUUUUUACACAAAAAAGAUCCAGAGAUUUUAAUUAAACUUCAGCCUUGCAAACCAGCAGUUUUUAGAGCAGUUGCUAAGAACCUGAAGAUAGCCUUUAGCCAAGUGAGUAGAAAUAUAAGUGUUCAAAUAAAGGAGAUAAUUGUUAGAGUCUCUGAGGUAGUUAGACUUCUCCCUGUGUAGCAAUCACCAGUCAUAAAUGCCUUCAUCCUUUUGGAUAAGGCCACACAUCUUGCCAGCACUCGGCUUCCAUUCCAAGAGUUAUUAAAACCAGGCCACUGGGCAGCUAGCUCAUACUGCAGUAGAUACUAGAGUGACUUCAGAUUUCUUCUGGUCUUCACGAUAUUCAGCUUUGCCUCUAGAAUCACGGUGUUUUUUCACUCUGUACUCUUAAGUUUGCUGACCUUCAUGCUUGGAUACUUGUGUUCCCUUGUUACAUGCUGCAUUGUCCCAUCACACUCACCCAGUCAGCUCACCUCUUAGGUCUGGUUAACCUCACCACCACCACCAUGUGUGAUUUACUCCUGAUAACAGCUGCACUGUUUAUGCAACGCUUGGAAUAAUACUUGAUUCUGGAUGCCAUGUUUUAAAAGACAUUGACAAAGUAGAGACCGUCCAGAUGAAGGCGAGAUAAACUUUGGAUUUGCAUGGAGUUUUGUGGAGGUGGUUCUUUACAGGAUAUUUAUCAUGUAACGGGACCUCUAUCAGAACUGCAAAUUGCAUAUGUUAGCAGAGAAACACUACAGGGAUUAUACUAUCUUCACAGUAAAGGAAAAAUGCACAGAGAUAUAAAGGGAGCUAACAUUCUGUUAACGGAUAAUGGUCAUGUAAAAUUGGCUGAUUUUGGAGUAUCUGCACAGAUUACAGCUACAAUUGCCAAACGGAAGUCUUUCAUUGGUACACCAUAUUGGAUGGCUCCAGAAGUUGCAGCCGUUGAGAGAAAAGGGGGAUACAAUCAGCUCUGUGAUCUCUGGGCAGUAGGAAUCACUGCCAUAGAACUUGCUGAGCUUCAGCCACCUAUGUUUGACUUACACCCAAUGAGAGCAUUGUUUCUAAUGACAAAAAGUAAUUUUCAGCCUCCUAAACUAAAGGAUAAAAUGAAGUGGUCAAAUAGUUUUCAUCAUUUCGUGAAAAUGGCACUUACCAAAAAUCCAAAAAAAAGACCUACUGCUGAGAAGUUACUACAGCACCCGUUUGUCACACAACCUUUGACACGGUCUUUGGCAAUUGAACUGUUGGAUAAAGUGAAUAAUCCAGAUCAUUCCACUUACCAUGAUUUUGAUGAUGAUGAUCCGGAGCCCGUUGUUGCUGUACCACAUAGAAUUCACUCAACAAGUAGAAAUGUAAGAGAAGAAAAGACACGCUCAGAGAUAAACUUUGGCCAAGUAAAAUUUGAUCCACCUUUAAGGAAGGAAACAGAACCACAUCAUGAACUUCCCGACAGUGAUGGUUUUUUGGACAGUUCAGAAGAAAUAUACUACACUGCAAGAUCUAAUCUGGAUCUACAGCUAGAAUAUGGACAAGGACACCAAAGUAGUUACUUUUUGGGUGCAAACAAGAGUCUUCUGAAGUCUGUUGAAGAAGAAUUACAUCAGCGAGGGCAUGUCGCACAUUUAGAAGAUGAUGAAGGGGAUGAUGACGAAUCUAAACAUUCAACCAUGAAAGCGAAAGUUCCACCUCCUUUGCCACCAAAGCCUAAGUCCGUAUUCAUACCACAGGAAACUCAUUCUACUGAUGAUGAUAAUCAAGGAACCAUCAAGAGAUGUCCCAUGUCAGAGAGCCCAGCAAAACCAUCCCAAGUUCCGCCUAGACCACCCCCGCCCAGAUUACCUCCACAAAAGCCGAUUGCUUUAGGAAAUGGAAUGAGUUCCUUCCAGUUAAAUGGUGAACGAGAUGGUUCAUUAUAUCAACAACAGAAUGAACACAGAGGCACAAACCCUUCAAGGAAAGAAAAGAAGGAUGUACCAAAGCCUAUUAGUAAUGGUCUACCCCCAACACCUAAAGUGCAUAUGGGUGCAUGUUUUUCGAAGGUUUUUAAUGGAUGUCCCUUAAAAAUUCACUGUGCAACAUCAUGGAUAAACCCAGAUACAAGAGAUCAGUACUUGAUAUUUGGUGCUGAAGAAGGGAUUUAUACUUUGAAUCUUAAUGAACUUCAUGAAACAUCAAUGGAACAGCUAUUCCCCCGAAGGUGUACAUGGUUAUAUGUAAUGAACAAUUGCUUACUAUCAAUAUCUGGUAAAGCUUCUCAGCUUUAUUCCCAUAAUUUACCAGGGCUUUUUGACUAUGCAAGACAAAUGCAGAAGUUACCUGUGGCCAUUCCAGCACACAAACUCCCUGACAGAAUACUACCGAGGAAAUUUGCUGUAUCAGCAAAAAUCCCUGAAACCAAGUGGUGUCAGAAAUGUUGUGUUGUGCGAAAUCCUUACACAGGCCAUAAGUACCUAUGUGGGGCACUUCAGACUAGCAUUGUUUUAUUAGAAUGGGUUGAACCAAUGCAGAAAUUUAUGUUAAUUAAGCACAUAGAUUUUCCUAUACCGUGUCCACUUAGAAUGUUUGAGAUGCUGGUAGUUCCGGAGCAGGAGUACCCUUUAGUCUGUGUUGGUGUCAGUAGAGGGAGAGACUUCAACCAAGUGGUUCGAUUUGAAACGGUCAAUCCAAACUCUACCUCUUCGUGGUUUACAGAAUCAGAUAGCCCACAGACAAGCGUUACUCAUGUAACCCAACUGGAGAGAGAUACCAUUCUUGUAUGCUUGGACUGUUGUAUAAAAAUAGUAAAUCUUCAAGGAAGAUUAAAAUCUAGCAGAAAAUUAUCAUCUGAACUCACCUUUGAUUUCCAGAUUGAAUCAAUAGUUUGCCUACAAGACAGUGUGCUAGCUUUCUGGAAACACGGAAUGCAAGGUAGAAGUUUUAGAUCUAAUGAGGUAACACAAGAAAUUUCAGAUAACACAAGAAUUUUCCGACUGCUUGGAUCUGACAGGGUCGUGGUUUUGGAAAGUAGGCCAACUGAUAACCCCACAGCAAAUAGCAACUUAUACAUCCUGGCGGGCCAUGAGAACAGUUACUGAGGACGGCUGUGCUUCAGCACAGUGUGAGGAAGAACGAACACAACUGCUGCAGCGGGGACGAAGGCUUGCGACUGUCCGGAGCUGCCGUGCCCGGCUUCAGUUACUUGUAAUUUAUUGUGGCAUGAGAUGAGAUGGGGAGGAUUUUUGUUUUAAGUGGUAUGGAUAUAUUUAGCAUAUUGAACCACACAAGUGCUUAAUUCAUUGUUAUGUAAUCUUUGUACAUACAGGGGUAUUUUUCUGUGAAACUUCAUAUUGCUGAAGACAUACACUAAGAAUUUAUGUAGAUAAUGUACUUUUAUGAGAUGUACAAGUAAGUGUCUUAUCUGUACAGAUGUAAAUGUUGAUGAAAAUGCAAUUGGGGUUAAUAUUUUAAGAAUUCUUGGUAUAUUCUUGGGUGUGGCUAUAUUACAAAAUGGGAUGCUGGCAAUGAACCCAUACAUUUAACACUAUUGUAUUUUUAUUAUAUGUAAUUUAGUAAUAUGAAUACAAAUCUUGUAACUUUCAAAAUUGUAAUGGAGGCUAUAAUCAUUUUAUAAUCUUGUUUUUAAUUUUACUGCAAGUACACUGGUGUUUAUAUUUGCACAAAGUAUUGAUAUGUGAUGUAUUAAGUCACAAAGGUAAGCUGUGACAUUGUCAAUAUGCAUUUGGCUCCACAACAUGUUUUUUAAAUGUAUUUGGAUUGUUUUCUAUGUGAAACAAACCAAUUAACCACCUGUUGUAGUAACUGGUCUUUUUAUAAUUAAGCAGAAUCCUGUAAGAUUGUUUGUCUGUGCUUAAAAACAUACCUUUGAAAAAAUUUUGAAUCACAGAAUAGCGCUACCGUGAUGUAACACUGCAGUUAUCUGAAUUACAGUAUGCACAAAGAAUAAAUUAGCAUUAUUAAAGAGUCCACACUAAACAUUUCAUAGAAUCACAUUGAAGAACUAUAACAUUCCAUAGAGUGGAGUGGUUCAAAUUUUAGUGAAAUUUUUACUUUGGUUGGCCUUAUCUUAUAAUCAUUUUCAUAUUUCUUUUGACUUAGAGUAUUAACACAUGGCCAAAAUAAUUUAGUUACUACCUCAUAUAAACAAUAUAAUGGUUACUACACAUCCCAGGAACUUAGUUUUGGUUUAAAGUCAUUUUUGAUUGCUUUUUUCCAGUGAAAUAUGUAUAUACCAAGUUUUAGCAAAAUGCACACCUUGGCUCUUUUUUGGUAUAUGUUCUUUAUAUUUUAAUGUGGAUAUAUACACUAGGAACAAACUAAAUUGUGAUUUAUGGUCUUCAUUUAUUUUAAUUGAUAAUGCUUUUAAAUAUGUUCCUGAUUGUACAUAGUGUAAAAUAAACAUGUUUUUUAACAUGCGGUUGUAUAGUAGCUUGUCAUCUGGCUUAAUCUGUAUAGAGUAAGACUAAAAUAUAUUAAGGAGAAAAACAAUUUUUUAAUUAUUCUGCAUUGAAUCCUACAUAUCCAUUCUGGUUCCUCAGAUCAUAUUUUUGAUCUGUCAUCUCAGUUUCAUAAAGGGGUAUCUUUUAUAGAAUAUUCAACUUUCUGAUCAGGAAAACCAAUUAAACAUUCAUAGUCUUAAUGGAGCAGGUGUCGGCAAACAGCCUAAUCCUGCUCACCACCCGUUUUUGUAAAUAAAGUUUUAUUGGAACACCACA